AUGGCUCUGCUAUCCAGACUGCGACCCGCCCUGAAGCCGCGAACAUGGGCCUUGUCUAUUCCUCCAACCCCAACGCGCCGAAAUCUGUAUCUGGCACCGCCGUACCUCCUCGAUGACUACAUACCCCGCUAUCAUCUGCUCUCGUCGAUUGAGGCGUCCAAGAAGCGGUCACUAGCUUACGCACAUCUGCGCGAAUGCAACUUGUGUCCCAGACUAUGUGGCGUCAACCGCUACGAGAAGACGGGCAUGUGUCUGAUAGGUGCCGAGACAGUCAAGGUGGGAACCAUAGCGCCCCAUUUCGGCGAGGAGCCAUUCAUACAAGGACACAACGGUUCCGGGAGCGUCUUCUUCAGUGGCUGCAACAUGCGAUGCGUCUUUUGUCAGAACCACGACAUUUCCCAUACGCGCAACGGCUUUGACCUCACACCGGAAGAGCUCGCCGAAUGGUAUAUCAAGUUGCAGGAUGUCGGUCGGGUCCACAACAUUAACCUUGUCACACCAGAACACGUCGUGCCACAGGUCGUCCUUAGCAUCCUGCAUGCGCGCGAACUGGGCUUGCGCUUGCCCAUCAUCUACAACACAUCGUCUUUCGAUUCACUCGGCAGCAUCAACCUGCUCGAUGGACUUGUCGACAUAUACAUGCCCGACUUCAAGGUGUGGAACGAUAAGACAAGCAAGCGGCUGCUCAAAGCCGACAACUACACAAAAGUGGCCAUGGAGAGUAUCAAGGCCAUGCACGAGCAGGUUGGCGAUCUCUGCUUCACCGCAGAUGGUAUAGCCAAGAAGGGCGUCCUUGUGCGACAUCUUGUCAUGCCAGGUUUGGAGGAUGAGGGCAAAGAGAUUGUAAAGUGGCUUGCAAAUAACGUUAGCAAGGAUCUCAUGGUGCACAUCAUGGAGCAAUACUUUCCCAGGGCUCACGUGGGCAAGAAACGACGGGGCCACGGAAGCCAGACUGAUGCCGAGCGAGGCCAGUCCGGGGCCUCGGAUGAGACCAACAAGGACGUGCGAUAUGCAGAAAUCAACCGUCCUGUGAAUCUGGAAGAUGUAGCUUCAGUCAAGAAGGCCGCCGAAGAAGCGGGCCUAUGGCGCUUUGUCGAAGCAUCGCGCCAUGGCGGCUUCAAUAUCUGA